UUCUCUGUAAUCUCUUGCCCAACUUUUGUCCAAAUAUGUCACCUGCAGAGACAAACGGUUCAAAGAGGGCCUAUGUGACCUUCUUGGCUGGCAAUGGAGACUAUUGGAAAGGUGUAGUUGGCCUAGCCAAGGGCCUAAGGAAGGCCAAAUCUGCAUAUCCUCUUGUGGUGGCUGUUCUGCCUGAUGUUCCUGAGGACCACCUUCAGAUUCUUCAGUCUCAAGGAUGCAUUGUUCAUGCAAUUGAGCCUGUCUACCCUCCUGAAAACCAAACCCAAUUUGCCAUGGCUUAUUAUGUCAUCAACUACUCCAAGCUUCGUAUUUGGGAGUUUAUGGAGUAUGAGAAGAUGAUAUACUUGGAUGGAGACAUUCAGGUGUUUGAUAACAUUGAUCACCUUUUCGACAUGCCUGAGGGCAGUUUUUAUGCUGUGAUGGAUUGCUUUUGUGAGAAGACAUGGAGUGCGUCUCCACAGUACAAGAUUGGAUACUGCCAGCAGUGCCCUAAGAAGGUGCAGUGGCCGGCCGAGUUGGGUUCACCACCACCACCUUACUUCAAUGCGGGCAUGUUUGUCUUUGAGCCUUGUGUUCUAACUUACCGUGAUCUGCUAGAGACCCUUGAAGUUACCCCUCCUUCCUCGUUCGCCGAGCAGGACUUUUUGAACAUGUUCUUCAAGGACAUAUACAGUCCUAUCCCACCUAUAUACAAUCUUGUUUUGGCUAUGUUGUGGCGCCACCCUGAGAAUGUGGACCUUGACAAAGUGAAGGUUGUGCAUUACUGUGCUGCGGGAUCAAAGCCAUGGAGAUACACAGGAAAGGAAAAGCAUAUGGAGAGGGAAGACAUAAAGAUGCUGGUGAAGUGGUGGUGGGACAUUUAUGAUGACACUUCACUGGAUUACAAGAAUGAUGGUCGUGUGGUGAAGGCUGAGGAGCAUGUGAAGCUUCCACCCUUUAAUUCCGCAUUAUCUGGGACUGACGAUGAUGACCAAAGAAGUGUACCAUCUGCAGCUUGAUCAACUGGUUAUGGGGUUUAAUGUGACGCCGUUCCACACCUAUAUGUAAGAACUAUAUAGCUAUACCAACUUGUAUAGUGUAGGAAACUACACCUAUUAAUACUCUAUAUAUAUAUAUAUGGGUUGUGUUUGUAGUGUGAACCGAGUUUGCGAAUAAAAUAGUAA